GAGGGAUGUACUAAGAAUAAGUGGGGCCACAGUCAGUGUCUGAGUGCCUUGCUUUCCAGAAUGAAGUUCCUCCUAUUGCUCUGUCUAUGUGUGAGUGGAGCGCUCACUCAGGAUUAUGAUGAUUACAAUUCGGAGUCAAAAACACUACCGCCCAAAGAAGACGUAGAUCCCCGAGGUCAUCGACCUGUUUCCAGGGGCCGUGAGAUUUACAUACCUGUUGUGGCUCCACCCCCAAUUAGUGGAGGCAGCCGUUAUUCAGCACGACCAACUGACACCCCAUUGAGAGGUGCUCAAGAGGAACCAGAGGAGCAGCCAGACAGUGGUGGAUGCACCCACGCUUCAGAGUCAAUGGGGGUGCUGUGCCCUACAGGCUGUGAGCUGAAAGUAGCUCUGCAGAAACAGGAGCGGAGUGUUAAGCCCACCGUGGCUCAGCUGAAGAAAGACGUGGAGUCUCUGUCCCACACCUCAAACUCUGUCUUCAGAUAUGUGGUGGACAUGACUGCAGAGGUCACAGAGAGACAGAGAAUAAGCAGUGGUAAUGACCAGCUGUCUAAUCAGUACACAAAUGACCUAGAGACUCAGCAUGUCUUUGUAAAGGAGACUGUAGACAUCACAUUUCCUCAGAAUAUUAAAAUUCUUCAGUCUGUACUGGAAAAAAUCAGAGACAAGAUCCAGCGGCUAGAAAAAGCCAUAGCGGCUCAGAAAGACAAAUGCGCAGAGCCGUGUACAGUCUCCUGCCCUAUUCCUGUGGUGUCCGGGAAAGACUGUGAGGACAUCAUCCGCAAAGGAGGCACCACAUCAGAGAUGUACCUGGUGCGGCCAGAAAGCUCACAGCCGCCAUACAAGAUCUACUGUGAUCAGGAGACCGAAAGAGGAGGCUGGCUGCUUAUUCAGAGUCGUCUGGAUGGUAGCGUGGACUUUGGCAGGCGCUGGGAUGAAUACAAGAGAGGUUUUGGAAACAUUGCCUUUGAUAAGGGGAAAGGUCACUGCAACACUCCUGGUGAGUACUGGCUGGGUAAUGACCGUAUCAGUCAGCUCACCAAGAUGGGCCCUACUGAAAUCCUGAUUGAGAUGCAAGACUGGACAGGUGUUAAGACAAAGGUACAGUAUCAGCAGUUCACCGUGCAAGGGGAGUCCACAAAUUACAUCCUGGCUGUGGGCAAGUACUCAGGGACAGCUGGAAACACACUGUUGGAAGGGGCAACAGAGCUCCAAGGUGAAAAUCGCACCAUGACUAUCCAUAAUGGCAUGAUGUUCAGCACCUUUGACAGAGACAAUGACAGAUGGGUUCCUGGUGAUCCUUCAAAGCAAUGUUCAAAAGAGGAUGGUGGUGGUUGGUGGUACAAUUCAUGCCACUCGGCCAAUCCUAAUGGCCGAUACUACUGGGGGGGCUCCUAUACAAAACACAUGGCCAAACAUGGAACAGACGAUGGUAUAGUGUGGAUGAACUGGAAGGGCUCAUGGUAUUCCCUCAAGGCCAUCAGCAUGAAGAUCAGACCAUAUUUUGUUCAGAGAUAAAGUGAACACACAGACAAAUCUACACACACUCACAUAUGCAUGCAUGCUACUGUUUUAAAAGAAUAAAACAAAAGGUACAAUGAGAUGCUUUUAGAGUGACCAUGUCUGUCCUUAAGUUUUUGUUUUUCCUCAUAAUGCUAGGAAUGUUAGAAUAAAUUACAUAGCCAAAAGGUAAGAAGAAAGUAAAUUGUGGCAUCAGUAACAAUGUUGUGUUACGAUCACAAAAAAUCUUUGGUUGUUUAAAAGUUUCUGUGGAGCUUUAUAAAAUUAUUUAUGCACAGUAUUUUUGGUUUUAAAAGAGAAUAAAAUGUGAUCUCAGUAUAUAUGCAAAAACAGACAAAACCUGAAGAAUACAUAUGGUCUACAAAGUACUCAUUAAAGUUACCCUACAAUGAGUUUUCAUCUUCAGUUGUGUUUUAUUAUUACACGCAUACACAGAUAUUUA